AUGCUUGCUGCUAUCCACAAACACAUCAUCCGCACCCAAUUUCAGUGCUCUCGAAAUUACUCUGCUGCUUAUGCAAUCAGUCUUCAGAACAGCUCCAAAAAUUGGCAACAGCUCAGAGAAGAGAAACUGACGGCGAGCACAUUUGCCGCGGCUGUCGGAUUCUGGCCUCGCCAGCGGGUCAAGCUCUGGCGAGAGAAGAUUGGAGCUGUUAAGCCGUUUUCCGGUAACCUAUCUACCUCCUGGAGUAACAUCAAAGAAGAAGAAGCUGUCCAAAGAUACAAGAUGAUUACCCAAAACAAUGUUUUGCCUCCUCGGUUCCAAGUUCAUAGCAAAGCUGAUUGGCUCGCAGCUUCACCGGAUGGGAUAGUCGAAUCGCCUUCCAAUUCGACAGGAGUACUGGAAAUCAAGUGCCCAUUUUUCGACGGAGAGAAGAGCCGGGCCUUGCCUUGGUUUCGCAUUCCGGCGCACUGUAUCCCCCAGGCCCAGGGAUUGAUGGAGAUUCUUGACACAGAGUGGAUGCAUUUCUAUGUUUGGACACUGAACGGGAGUAGCUUGUUUAAGUUGUACAGGGACAGGGAGUAUUGGCGUGUUUUGGAACAAGCUCUCUCGGAUUUUUGGUGGAAACAUGUUCAACCGGCGAGGGAGAUUUUCAGUAACAGAUCGAAAACGGUGGGGAGCACGCAUUUGCUAUUGAAACCGCUGAGGCCAGCAGAAACGCAUGAGAUGAUUGAUCAUAUAGUUUGUGAAAGCAGACGCAUUGUUUGUAGGUCUGAGUUGUUGGUGCGUGAAGUCCAUGCCAAAAUGCAAAAUUGA